AGGCGCGAAUGUCACUCGAUCAAUCGAAUUCAAGUGGUGUGUUAACGUGUUUGUGAGUUACAUUCAAGAAUUAUUCACGAUAUAAUUUUAUUAAAUUAAAUAAUUAUAGUACUUAACAAGUACUAUAAAAUAAUAUAUUUUCUCCAGUGGAUAUAAGUUAUUACUAUACAGUGGGAUAAAUAAAACGCCAAGAUGACGGUCAUCACUAAAGCUAUUGGCGAAAAGAAGCCUGUGGAUAAAAUGGAGCAGCCAUUGCACAAUCCUCAGGGUGAUGUAGAAUCGCAAAGUUCUCAACAACAGCAACAGCGAGAUUUAGGCAGACAUUCACACUAUUUAAUAUUGCGAAGAGCUAAUUUCACUUCUAAGUCUAUGACACUUUACUGCCUAUUAUUUACGGCCCUACUGGGUAUGAGUAUUGGUGUACUUGGUGGUAUAUGUAUUUACAGGCGUUAUGCUCGCGAACAGAUGCAUAGAUUCCGCACUGGAUGGUACAGCAUUCCAUACGAACGCAUGGAUACUAAAUUGCCAUUUGUUAGUGAUGAAUUGUCAGCCGGCGUUCCAUCUGAUAGUGAUCUAUUCAAAAGUCUUGCCAGAGAUACGGAACAAGAGGCUCUUGUUCUUGAUAGAUCUGCGCAAAAUACUAUACGUAAUUUCUUCCAAGAUUCAAGCAAAGACUUUUUUCAAGAAUGUUUUGAAAUGGAUUUAGAAAACGGACAUUAUGAAGGAAUUGAAGUACCAGACUUCCGUGAUGGACGUCAAGGACGUUUUAUACACGAUUUCAACAUUAAUCUAACCGGAAUUAUUGAUCUUGAUGGUCAUUCUUGUUUUGUUAUGGCACUUGAUCGUGAUAAAGUUUUACCACCGAAAAAUAUGUACGAUUUGUUAAACAAAAUGUACAAUGGGUACUAUGAAGUUAAUACAAAAGUUGUACGUGAAACAAUGAAAGCUGUAUUUCCAGCUAUUUGUGACCGUUCUACCGUAGGGACAUACAUUGCACGUGAAUGUAAACAAAUGCCGAUAUAUACUCUUGAAAUAGUAAAUAAUACUGCUGGAAUAGUAAAACGAAGUAUUGAUGGUGUUAUAUUUGGACAUUUUGCUGGUACAAAUAUUAUUGAAUAUGAUAUAUCAAAUAUGGCAGAAGUGCAAGAGGAGGCACGUAAAGAUGAUUAAAUAUUAUAUUAAUUAAUCACGUAAUAUAUGUUACAGUAGAAUAUUUGUACUCUUAUGCUCUUUCUGCAUCUAAGUCACAAAAAUGUAGAAAUUUUAUAUAAUAGUUACACUAUGAAUGUAGAGUGCUCACAUUACAAUUUAUUUCAUUGUUUUUAUAUUUAUUUAUAUUUGAGUUUUGUAUUUGAUUUUCGAGUAUAUUAUAUGAAUAUUGAUCGUAAUUUACAAGUUACUAUCACAAAAUUAGUAAAACAAAAAAAAUUUUAAACUAUAUUAGAUAUAAUCAUGUAACGUGUGAUCGACUAGUAGUAUACUGAAUUAUAUAAUGCAAGGCUGAAUUAACUAUUAUUAAUUAUUUUAUCCCAACGCGCGAGUAUCGAUCAUUUGUAAAGAUACAAAUUUAAUCUUUAUUUGAUAAAUAAUCAUGAACUAUUUAUUGUAUAUAAUACAAAUAUGUAAUUUUUAUUUUGAAUUUUCGUACAUAUAUAAAUUUUACCCUGCUUCACGUCAAAAAUUAUGGACAGUUUUAAGAGUCCAACUCCCCAAAUUGACACAAAA